ACAAAUGCUGACAUGGUGAAGUUUAAACUAAACCCAUCAGAUGACAAUCAGUCCUCCAAUUUGCGAGCAUUUGAAAGCGAGAUUCGUGCUUUAGUAGGCAUACAACAUCGUAACAUUGUCAAGUUGUAUGGUUUUUGUUUUAAUGCAGAGUAUUCAUUCUUGAUCUAUGAGUUUGUAGAAAAAGGGAGCUUGACGACAGUUUUGAGCAACCCAGAAGAAGCGGCGGACUUGGAUUGGGAUAAGAGAUUUAACAUUGUUAAAGGGUUAACGAGUGCUUUAUCCUACAUGCACCAUGAUUGCCCUUCACCAAUAAUCCAUCGUGACAUUUCUAGCAACAAUGUUUUGUUAGAUUUGGAUUAUGAAGCUCAUGUCCCAAACUUUGGCACAGCUAGGGUUUUGAAGCCAGAUUCCUCUAACUGGACAUCCUUUGCAGGCACAGUUGGCUACACAGCUCCAGAUGUGCUGAAGGAUGUCAUAGACCAAUGCCUUAAACCUCAAAGGAGGAAUAAGGUGGAUGAACAAGUGGUUGCUACCACAAAGCUAGCAUUUACAUGUUUGCAUUCCAAUCCUCAAUUUCGCCCCACUAUGCAGCAAGUUUAUCAGGCCCUUACAAGUGGUCGACCAUCUCCAUUGCCAAAGCCAUAUUCAAUGAUAAGUUUGGGAGAUUUGAUUGGAGAUGGACAUGGGAUGCAGGGCUGAGUUGCUUGGAUAUUUAUCAUAAUUCUAGGUAUGUGUCACUUGUAUUUAUCUUUUCUAGUCUACCUUCUCUCUCAACAAAAACAAUUUUUAUUCUUUGUGUUCUACUCUUUGUGAUAAAUUUUUGAAUUUGUUUGCUUUGGCUUUUAUUGAUGCUAUUUUGCCGGCAUAAGGGACUAUUAUAUAACAAUAUGAUAGGCUUUGAGAUCUAAUAAAGAAUUUGAAGAAAUUAAUGUGGAUGUGUUAUCAAGCUUUCUAUCUACAUUCAACCUGAAGAUGAAUGAGACCACUUUUUUCCAAUAAAUUAAUAAUGUAGUUAAGUAGCACGCUGUGUGGAUUAUUGCACUCUUUUGUGUGUUGUAACUUCUUAAGGUUUUUUUUUUUUUGAAAAAUAAUUUACUAGUGUACGUUUGUUGCUAUUGUCAGCAUUGGAUGGUCUAUGUAUUCAUUUGCCAUAAGUUAUAUCAGUUGAUGUAAAUUUAUUUUCACUAAACUUUAUGGCUUUAGUGUUGGGGUUCAUUAUUAAUACAACUCCCCCUUGUUU